AUGGCCUUUACUGGUGCUAUACCAGAUGAUUGGAGCCGAUGUCGUGAGGGUAGGUCCUCCUACGUCAUCGGCCCAAUUAGGCGCGCGGUAAACCAGCAUCCUGAUGCGCUCGUCAGGCUACUAGUUGCUCUAUUCCUUGCAAAGGAAGAGCAACUUGGGUACGACCCCCUCGUGACGCGGCUUUCCGAUGGAAGCUACGUGUACGAGCUCCCGCCGGAUGGAGAGAGGCCAUCAUCAGUGUACUACAGGACCGUCGCUCUCCUGUCCCAGUAUCACUCCCCCUCGCUCACCGGUCGACGUGCGCGCGUCUGGAGGGUCAAGCAGGUUGUCUCCCCUACAGACCCCAGGAGAGUGCAUGGGACGAUUGACCGCGUGCUCAAAGAUGUUUUGCUUGACGCGACGAUGAAGACGGAGGCUGAAAUCCAACAGCAGCUAUUCCACGACAUCGACGCGUUUUCGCAGGACGCCAAUUGGCGUAACCGCGACAUCCUGAAGGAAUUCGACCAAACAACGAUAGACUCGAUCGCGGAAGCGUUGGAGGGGGGAAACUUUCGACGAUAUUUCUCCACAAUCGUCGAUAAACACAUCGAUUUCCUUUCCUCCACUUUAUCCUCACCCUCGUCGCCUGUGACCUCCCCUCGAAACCGGCGAUGUCUGUUCGUAUACGAGUAUUUUUGCACCCCGCUUUACAGUGUUCCAACCUUGGGAGAAGUCUUUGAUAUUGUCAAGCAAUGCCUCACUGCUCUUCGCUUGAUGUUCUGUGCGGGAUGGGUUCACCGAGACGUCAGCCCCGGAAAUAUCCUUGCUGUUCGUCAAACACCCGGAUCUCCUUGGAGGGUGCAGCUGUCCGAUCUUGAAUUUGCUAGGAGAUUCCCUGACGUUGGAGCUCCUCCCUCGUCACAAAUUACGGGAACCCCUCCGUUCAUGGCCUGCGAGAUACACACAUCGAAAUAUCUCCUGCCUCCACCGACCUUGGAAAGGAUUCCACCAGGUGGCAAGGUGCCGGUUGUGCCGCGCCCCAAGGGUCCGGUGGUAUACCACUACCAGCACGAUCUGGAGUCGCUGUGGUGGAUCGUCCUCUGGAUCGUAACGAUGAGAGUAAGGCAGAACCUGCCUCGAAGGUUCGGCGAGGCCAUGUUCCUUUCGGAGGCGGGCAUGCGAAAUGGUCUGGCCCGGACUACUCUUUUCUCCGAAUGUAUCGCCGACGACGACAUGUUUCUCGAAUCACUACCACCAUCCCUCGAAUCACUGGCCGUCCCCCUCGAAAAUCUCCGCUAUGAUCUCUACGCCGCCUACACCUCACGGAACCAGGAGGACAGGAUUAAUGACAUCGGAACCUAUUCGUACAUCAUGGGCCGUGCUUUCACACUUUUCUUCGAUGAUGUCGGCAACUCUCGCUCGGAAUGGGAGUCGGUAGACCUGGUUGUUGAACACGAUGCUCCCUAUCCUAUUCGAACCAGUACUGUGGUUAGUGGUCCACAUCCCCGACCUUCAUACCCAGUCCUCACCCUCAACAACCCCUCCCCAAAAAAGCGACAGCUACAAGACACGGACACACAAGGGAGACCUGCGAAGAGGGCGCGUUGUAGUCCGACCGUCAACCGCCCAGUCACUCGGUCGAUGACGCGACAAGACGGUCCCAUCACGCGGUCUCAGAGCCGUCGUCUGCUGCAGAUUCGGCAAGGUAGAUGCUAG